CGAGAAGAGAAGAAAGGGAGAGAGAGGGUGUUCUGUUUGAGAGUGUGAGGAGGGGCAAGAGGAGUGUUCGUCCAAACGUAAGGAGAGAGCGGACCCCUCUUGAAAGACCUACUGACACCCCUUCCUCCGGCAUGGCUAAUAUCACAUUUGCCCAAUGGCAGGCCAUGCUGGAUGCAGCAGAUGAGAGCGAGAGACCAUUCUUCCAGAGGCUUUAUGAUGACGCCGUGCAGAGGGAAAGGGAGGCAGAGGCAGCAACCAGAGCUGCCAACAUUGCUGAUCAGGUGGCUCUCCUUUGGAUCCCGGAAGCCAAUGCUGACCGGUUCCAGGAGGGACUAGCUGCUGUCGUAGCAGCCUUGGUUCGACUGCGGACCUUGGAAAACCUUGAGUCCCGUGUAACAGCGCUGGAGCAGCGGAACCAAGAGCUGCAGGCUGAGAUAACCAGCCUCAAACAGUCUCAACUAUCUGCCCCCCGCCCUCCUAACCCUCGAUCUGCUGUAAUCCCAGUCUCUCAGUCCAACACAGUCCUCGUGCCAAGUGCCAAUGGAACUGUGGCAAGUGUAGGAACCGGAGCCAGCUCCUCGAGCGGCAGCGCCGACAGUUCUGCGCUGGUCACAGUCCCCAAUGCAGGGACAUCAGCCCAACAGUACAGCGGUCCCAUGGUGGACAAGAGGGCGGCCACGCUGCCGUCCAAGUACGUCGGGAAAGCAGACAUUACCUCUUGGAUUAGCUUCAUGAGGUCAUACUUCGAGGUUAUGCGGACACCGCAAGAGGACCGAAGUAUGAUCAUGGGGACUAAUACCGAGCCCACCGCACGGAACUACAUUGAGCUCCAAGCUGUUGCUGCAGGUUAUAAACGAAUUGACCUGACAGAUUGGCUGAAGACUGCAGGGAAACAAGCAAAGGGCGUAGAGGAGUCACCAGCACUCCCUACAACAAGGGAAGCUAGAACAUCAGUUGCAGGCCCCUCUAAUGAGCCUGAAUCUGAUCAACAACCCACUCUUGAAGCCCGGAACGACGCUGAUUCCAAGGCUGCUGCAAUUCAUGUGCUUUACACUGAGCCUUGGGAGGAGUCUAAGGAAGUUGACUUCCACGCUCACACGGAACACUGGCUGCAGCUCAAGCAGCAACGCCGUGUUCAAGGGAGUGUGGAACUAACCUUCUUUAAACUGCUCAUUAACCGCCGAUACAUCCGCGUGCUGAUUGAUAGUGGUUCAACCACUAACUUCUUUUCUCCUGACGGGAUUCGUAAGGCGGGCCUGGGAAUGAAGCAAGUGGAACUGCAGAACCCUUGUCAGACCCAGGUGGGCAACCAAGAGGUUGUCACCUCUACACAUGCUGUCAAAGGUGUGCGCGUCACCUUUGACAAAGACCGCACAGUCACACAUGAGCUCAACUUCUAUGUCAUGGACAAGUGUCCGUUCGACGCGGUCAUUGGCUUGGGUUGGUUAAAGGCUCAUUGCCUAAGGACCACGUGGGCGGACAACCAGUUCGUGGUGCGUGAUGCCAAGGGGAACGAGCGUACCGACCUAUUGGAUGAGACGCGCGAGUCCCCUGUGACUCUUCUAAGUGCAACCAAAUUCUGCAAAUUAGUGCGCAGGCGCAAGGAGAUUGAGCAUGUACAUGUAGCUUUUGUAAAGCCUAACCAUGUGCCUUCUACUUUUGCUGCGUUUUCUACCUUGGUAAGUAACUCUACUUCUACCACCUCUGCUUCUAAUCCAUCUACUUCUACUGUGAAUAAUCCUUCUACUUCUAAUCCGGUUGUCAUUGCUGUAAAUUCUCAGUCUAAUUUUUUUUCUCCUGAUGAGGAUGAUCCUCCACCGGAAGUUCCAACAAACAUUCGCCAGCUAUUAGAUCGAUUCGCUGAAGUUUUGGUCGAACCUCGUGGAGUUCCUGAGCGUAAAAUCGAGAUAAUAGAGGGGAAUGUUCCUCCAAAAGGCUGCGUCUACCGUAUGGGACAAGGCGAGUUGGAAGAAUUGAGAAGGCAGAUUGAUGAUAUGAUUGACCGUGGAUGGAUUAGGCCCAGUGAGUCUGAGUUCGGUGCACCUGUCCUGUUUGUGCCAAAGAAAGGAGGCAAACUCUGGAUGUGUAUCGACUAUCGUGGCCUUAAUCGGAUCACAAGAAAGAAUGCUUACCCUUUGCCUCGCAUAGAUGAUCUGCUGGAUGCGGCAGGUGGGUGCAAGGUCUUCUCCAAAAUCGACCUCAAAUCUGGUUACCACCAGAUUGAAGUUGAUCCGAGUGACCAGCACAAGACUGCAUUCAAAACACGCGAUGGGCUGUACGAGUUCAUCGUUAUGCCCUUCAGUCUUACGAAUGCGCCGGCCACCUUUCAGUGCCUCAUGGACAAGGUACUUCGCCAUCAACUCAACAGGUUUGUGGUUGUGUACCUUGACGAUAUCCUGAUCUUUAACAAAACCAUGGAAAAGCACCUCAAGCACCUUGAGGAAGUUUUGCAGGUCCUCAAGGAGGCGCAGCUGCACCUCAACUUAGAGAAAUAUGAGUUUGGGAGGGAUAGCGUCAUCUAUCUUGGACACCGGUUGUCUGCAAACAGCCUUGAGCCGAAGGCAACCAAGGUUGAGGUCAUCCGAAACUGGCCUCAACUGGCAAACGUACGCGAACUGCGUUCUUUUCUUGGUCUGGCCUCGUAUUACCGGAAGUUUGUGCCCAAAUUCUAUGUCAUUGCUCACCCUCUCUUAAGACUAGCCAGCAAGAAUGUUGCCUAUGCAUGGUGUGAGAAGUGUGAGACUGCGUUCCAAGCCUUGAAAGAGGCAUUGGUGAGUCACCUUGUGCUUCGCAUUGCCGAUCCCAACCUCACGUUCGUAGUCACUACGGAUGCGAGUCAGUUCGGGAUUGGUGCUGUGCUGCAACAAGAUGAUGGUGAUGGCCUGCGUCCGCUUGAGUACUACAGCAAACGCAUGCCCAACCACAAGACAGCGAGAAGAGAAGAAAGGGAGAGAGAGGGUGUUCUGUUUGAGAGUGUGAGGAGGGGCAAGAGGAGUGUUCGUCCAAACGUAAGGAGAGAGCGGACCCCUCUUGARAGACCUACUGACACCCCUUCCUCCGGCAUGGCUAAUAUCACAUYUKCCCAAUGGCAGGCCAUGCUGGAUGCAGCAGAUGAGAGCGAGAGACCAUUCUUCCAGAGGCUUUAUGAUGACGCCGUGCAGAGGGAAAGGGAGGCAGAGGCAGCAACCAGAGCUGCCAACAUUGCUGAUCAGGUGGCUCUCCUUUGGAUCCCGGAAGCCAAUGCUGACCGGUUCCAGGAGGGACUAGCUGCUGUCGUAGCAGCCUUGGUUCGACUGCGGACCUUGGAAAACCUUGAGUCCCGUGUAACAGCGCUGGAGCAGCGGAACCAAGAGCUGCAGGCUGAGAUAACCAGCCUCAAACAGUCUCAACUAUCUGCCCCCCGCCCUCCUAACCCUCGAUCUGCUGUAAUCCCAGUCUCUCAGUCCAACACAGUCCUCGUGCCAAGUGCCAAUGGAACUGUGGCAAGUGUAGGAACCGGAGCCAGCUCCUCGAGCGGCAGCGCCGACAGUUCUGCGCUGGUCACAGUCCCCAAUGCAGGGACAUCAGCCCAACAGUACAGCGGUCCCAUGGUGGACAAGAGGGCGGCCACGCUGCCGUCCAAGUACGUCGGGAAAGCAGACAUUACCUCUUGGAUUAGCUUCAUGAGGUCAUACUUCGAGGUUAUGCGGACACCGCAAGAGGACCGAAGUAUGAUCAUGGGGACUAAUACCGAGCCCACCGCACGGAACUACAUUGAGCUCCAAGCUGUUGCUGCAGGUUAUAAACGAAUUGACCUGACAGAUUGGCUGAAGGUAACCCCUGUACGCGCCCUUGAGGACCUUCUCCUCGCACGGUACCAAGACAAGCAUGCUGCGCUCAAGGCUAGGCUGAAGCUUGAGGCCCUCAAGGGUCAAACAUGAAGGUCCUCCAUGCAAGCUUUGGAA